AUAAAAGGAAACACGGGCAUCAUCUCCCUCGCUCUGCCUGCGUUUCUUGGGAGUUGAACUCUCCUCAGAGAUGAAGGAGUGGGAUCUAAUUCCCACCAUUUCGGCGGCAUCGUCCGGCACCGGCAAGCCCGCCAUGGAAGCGGGACUCUUUUACCGUAGCAGGUACAAGUUAUGGGCCCUCGCUCUCAUUCUUCUCCUCGCCUUCUGGUCCAUGCUCGCCGGCACCGUCACUCUAAAGUGGUCCGCCGGUAAUCUCAACGGAAUCUCCGGUGAUUUACUGUCUCAUGAAGAUCUCGAUGAAGUGGAGGAAAGGGAGAAAGUAGUGAGGCAUAUGUGGGACGUGUACACGCACAGCCAGCGGAUUCGAUUACCGCGUUUCUGGCGGGACGCCUUCGAGGCAGCGUACGAGGACCUCGCUAGCGAUGAGGGAGAGAUCCGGGACGCCGCGGUAACCGAAAUUGCCCGGAUGUCAAUGAGGAUGAUCGAUCUUGAGCCGCCGCCCCCCAAAUCUAAGAAAUCAAAAGUAGAGCUUAGUCAAACUGAUAGAGAUGGUACGGCAAACUCAAAAUCUUCAUUGUCGUCAUCUGCGGACACCAGAUGAGCAUUAUUUUCAUAUGAAAUUUAGCUUUGCUGAGUGAUUAAGGCCUCUUUCUGCAAAAUGCUAGGAAGCUGUGGCUGGAGGUGCAGGUAAUAUUGUCACCCCUAAAAUUCAUGUAUUUAUAAGUAAAGCAAAUGGAACCUGAAAUUCACGCAAGUUUCUGUAACUGUUUGAAUUUAAAUUUUAAGUGUAGAGCUUAAUGGAUCUGAUAGUUUAUAUGAAUAUAUUCUUGUUUCCUGCU